AUGUCGGAACGCUUAUCACAAUCUCAGACUCCCUCUCAUGACAAUCAUCAUGAUGAAUCUCAAGAGCAACCUGUUGAAGACAUACUUGCGAUUCCACGUAGGACCCUCAAUUUCUUUACGCGCCGACUCCAAACACUGACUAAUGUGCUUCCUUUUCCCAGUAUUACUAAUAUCACUCUUUCUCUGCCACGUCGUCUUCGUUCACUCCCUUCUACUACGACACCUCAACCGGUGUCUCCGCCACCUCCUACAAUGCAAACAUUGUCACUCUCCGAACGCCUGGCUUCUCUUCAUAUAACUGCGUCUUCGGAACAACCCUUUUUCGUAGAAGCCUCACAAUUAUCUCAAUCUGUCCCUACGGACGGAUCCGAACAAGUGCCCAUAUCUCCUCAACCUUCUACUUUGACUCAGGAGCUACCUCCUGCUAUACCAUCCACCUCACAGCCUUCACUUCAUCCCGUCAUCCAGGCAUAUAAGCCACCAUGUCAGCCCAUUACACUGCUUUCUGAUUCUACAUCAUCGUCUGUUAUUUCUCUCGGUAAUGACGUAUUUCUACCUGAGCCCGUAACUUAUAUAGUUUCGCAAUGCCUUACUAACCAAGUCGUCUUAGUUAUUGAACCGUCACAAUCCCGUCACAUUCUGGAUCAGGCUCCUGCAUUACUACAGUUCACUGACUACACUCAAUUCUAUUAUGACGGGCACAAUUGUGGUACAGGGUUUAACAAAUUCAAUGUCUACCCAUUUUCUCUAUUUGAAGUAUUAGUAUACGCCCCGUUAAUAAUUCACCAUCGCCAGGCACCCGUUCAAACAUUCCACCCUCAAAUCAUUCUACAAAAUUUGUGUGCUGACCGCAUUCGCGCCAAUGCCGCUGCGCAGUUUGCCGUACCGUUCGAGCGACAACCGUCUAUUAUGUCUAUUCUGUCUCUUACUCAACAUGCCAACGUCAAAGCUGGUGAUAGACGCAACCUCAAGAGUCAACCACGAAUAUUGCUGCAGUACGUUGGACGUCAUGCUGAAAAAACUCAAACUGUCCCUCACUAUCUUGUUGACUCCUUCACCUCUCGUCCAUUGGAAGGAGAUGUUGUACAUGCACAUUACGUUCAUGCCCCACAGUUGGCUCAAAUCGCCAUCAAUUACGUACUUCCACCAGGAUACCCUUUUGAUUCCAAUAAUCAUUUCGUCACACGAGACUUUGCCGAUACUGUAUUAAUCUGCAUCAGUCCUGCUGAUCCCACUCACCCUGCAUUACAACUAGAUCCCUUCUCUCGAAUAAGAGCUGAUGACCAAGAUCAACUUCUUCGAAUCUGUCGAAACUAUGAAGAUAUUUUAUUGGCCACUGCCAUCUUCAUUCGCAACAGAAUAAUACAUGCUAUGUCUAACAGUGCUUAUGUAGGGACUUCAUAUACUUUGCAUGAUAAUAUUCUUGCAGUAUCAGUACCAGCCAUCAACGACCCAAGAAUCAUGUCAUUAAGAGUCAGGUUCUGGGAACCUGACGUGAGGAUGCACAUUAUUCCAUCUAUUUACAGGCAACAGGAUAAACGGCACCCGCCAGUAUCAGCCGUAAUUCAAGAUAUCCAACUGGAUCCGGACAUGAACAUGAAGGCAACAAUUGUCCUUCGUGACGCUGACGUUCAGAAGCUGUGUCGAUUAAUAACACAAGCAGGUGAAGAGCUGGUGAUUGAACCAGACUCUACCAGAACAGGCCUAGAGAGUCGUAUUGAUUAUUUACGAUAUCGAUAUAUCUCAACUAUGUUGCAGUCAACUACAGCUCCCCAGUGCUCUCACAUACUCCGACUACUGCUCGGAAUACCUCGACAAUUAUCAUAUACUCCCAAUACAUCACCGUUAACGAAUUUAACAUUAACUGAUGAGCAAUGUUCAGUAAUUCAACACUUGAAGGGUAAUUGCCCUAUUCUUUUUCAACAAGCACCAGCAGGUACUGGUAAAACUUUCGUUAUCUCUGCAUUUAUUCAAGAGCAUAUGCAAACGGUGCCUUUAGCUAUCACAUUCUUAGCUGCCACCACCAACAUGGCUGUUAGUAAUAUGGCGCAGGCAAUACUCAAGUUGGUACCACAAUUGGCGCAUACUGAAUUCUUAUAUAUGCAAUCACUAACUGAUGAACGUCUAACUCGUUCAGAUGACUCUUUAUGGGCUCCCUAUCGCAUGCCGGAGCUCAUGAGCCGAUUGGUGGACCUACAAUAUUUUCGCGAUGAUCAACUGCAAUUUGCUCGUGACUACGUCAACAAUCGCAUUGCUCAUGACGGCACUGGAUGUCAUGAACACAAAGCUCUUGACCUGGUACUUCAAACCAAAACGGUACGAUUAAUUUGCGGCACAAUUGCCAUAUUAGAACAAUUUCUUUCCUCACUUGAAGAUUACAUUGAACGAUGCAUAAUUGAUGGAGCUGGUUUUGUGCCAGAGGUGCAAUUGUUAACCCUUGUUUCUGGUAUGCCUAAUCUCCAGCAAGUAUUUCUUACUGGCGACCUACACCAACUUCCUGCUUAUAAAGCUAACAUCCCCGAUAAGCUUCUGAAAUAUGGGUGCGACAGCGCCAUCGCGAGUGUAGCUCGACGAAACGUUAUCCCCAUGUUCUCUCUUAACAUUUCGUAUCGCUCACACCCCUUCCUAACCUUCUGCCUAUCAGAAACCGUAUAUAAUGGUCAACUAAGACCGGGUGUUUCCGCUGAUGACCGUUCGUUACUAACUCAUUCUGAUUUUCCUUUACCAAUUCCAUCUAUUCCUCUUGCUCUUAUUCACAUAUCCAGUUCUGAUGUAAUAAAUACCCGGCGAUCACGUUACAACCGCGGUCAAGAAAACGCCGCCAUCCACAUUGCUAAUCGUUUGACUCUCACUAUUGAUUCACACAAAAUCACUGUCUUAUGUUUCUACCUCGCCAGUCGUGAUUACAUCCGCUCUCAGUUGGAUGGUACAUCUAUUAAUUGUCACACUGUCGACAGCUUCCAAGGCAAAGAAAAUGAUGUCAUUAUUCUCGUCACGACACGCUCAUAUGACUAUUGCGCAACAGAUGACCAAGUCAAGUUCUUUGCGGAUCCUCAACGCAUUACCGUGGCGUUGUCACGUGCACGUCAUGGACUUUUUAUUAUUGCUGAUUUCCCUAUGUUAUUGAAAUAUGGCAUAUGGCAAAAAUAUUUGCGUCUAGCCACCCAAGAAACGCCCAUAGUGAACAGUCGAUACGUUGCUGCCAUUUUCAAUGACGUUCACCGCAAUCAUCGCAAUCUCUUGGUGGAUGCUCAUGGCAAGCCAUUUCUGCCCCUCGACACUUUCUUCAUCAACAGGAAAUGGCAUCAAUAUUGA